UGGUCGGAAUGAUUCCUUGCCACAGCCCCAGUUUCAAUAUCACGACAUGGCUUAUCUUUCUGCGUGUCUCCUUCGCUUUGCAGAUACCCAGGUUGAUAUAAACAAAAGGGCCACGAGGUUGAUGAAGACACCAUCACAUGGGCCAGUUCGAUUCUCUUAACUUUCUCAGAGCCUCUGCAUCAUCCUACAAACACACCCCACAAAUCUCAAGUUUCAACUGAUCAUAAUCGCCAAUGGAAUUGCCAACUUGUGCUUCAGCCCCGUUCGAUCACGCUAAAGCAGACGUUAUCUUACGAUCAGCUGAUGGCGUAGAGUUUCGAGUUUUCACGCUCUUCCUCUCCCUUGCCUCUCCGUUCUUCGAAACAUUGUUUGGCCUCCCUCAGGCUCCUGACGGGGCUUCCGAUCAAGAGAUGAAGGAUGGCUUAGCAGUCAUUGCCAUGUCUGAGGACAGCAAAACUCUAGAUACAUUUCUCAGGUUUUGCUAUCCAUCGACGCUGGCGGAAGAUCCUUCUCUUGACAAUCUCACAGAGAUUCUCUCUGUACUCGCAGCUGCGAGGAAGUAUUCACUAGACCUGAUCGAGAGAAAAGUAUGUCAGGCUCUAGCGAAUCCCAAGGUUCUUGAGACAGACCCCCUUCGCUCCUUCGCCAUUGCGAGGAACGCACGGCUCAAGCAUGAAACCGUCACCGCUGCCAGAUACAACUUACGGCAACCUUUAAUCCCUGUGUUAUUUGCGGAGAUCAACCUGAUCACCGCAUCCGACCUUCUUGCUCUAGUAACAUACCACAAAAAAUGCAUCAUCUCCGUACAAGGCCUUAUGAAGGAUCUCAAAUGGAUGACGGAUCAUUAUGGCAAUAGAAAUGGCUGCAAUUGGCUGUCGAGUGGUGCCUACAAUGACUACAGUGGGGAAUACUGCAACUGCGGACAGGGUACCGACAACAGAUUUUUUCCUUGGGGCUCAAAUCCAGUUGCGUGGUGGACAACAUAUAUGCAGGAGGUAUAUGAGCUAUUACAGGAUAGCCCGUCUGGGAAUACUGUGAAGACGGCAGCGGACAGGACAAUCCAAAAGGUCAGAGGUGCAAACUGUAGUGUUUGCUCUGGCCGGGUGAAAGAAAACAUGACGGAGUUCAGCGACUUGCUUGCUCUAAAAAUCGAUGAGGCUAUUGCUCCGAUCGAGCUGGAGAUGGACUUCUGAUCGCAACUAUUCCCAUCCGUAAGGCAAUAUAUAAUACUAUAGUAAAACACUUAUUU